UUACCCAAGACGUCGGGAGGGCACCGGGGAGCUUGAAAUAAGUUAUAGCCUACCUCCAUAAGGAAAAGCUUGUAGUCAUAAAUCUCGUAGCAAAGUAGGCUAUUCCCAUUAAAACAACGAAAUGGGUAAGAUUAAUUUCUAUGUUCUCUGGUCCUUACGUGAAGCAUCCCGACAGUUUAUCAGUAAGUCCAACCGUCUUCACUACCAGGUACAGCUACCGCUGCCAUUGCCCAAAGAGCUUAUUAUUUUCAGUCUCGGAGACUGGAAGUCCUUCUCUAGCGAGACAACCAUUUCGGUUGAAGUUUCAAUAAGCCAGGAUCUGAAGCCACAGAAAAUUGGAACCCUUUCUUCUAAACAAAGGUGUCUCAUCUGGGAGGGAGACUGGAGAAUGGAUCUUCUUACAGAAACAAUGGAGAAAGCAAGGAAAGGGAUGUAUGGGAAAAUUCUGCUUAAUGUCUGUGGUGAGGUUAAGGCCAGCUUUACAAGCAGCACUCCAGUGUUGUCACGGAAACGCCUGGCCUCAGACUGGCUCCACGGUCAACAAGAUGGCUUCCCUAGGACAUGCCACAGUGAGGGGAGUCAGAUGAAGACCCCCAACUCCUCAGCCUCAGAAAAGCAUGUUACCUAUGCAGACUUCAAAUGCUGCAAGGGUUCAACAAUAUCAUCCCCUUUGCCAAAGAAGGCGUGUAUGUGGCCAACGGACAAGACUCCCAGGCGGACGGUGAUUGGGAAGAGAGGCCAGCUGACGUGGAGCUCAGAGGAGCUGGGCAGCUCUCAGGACUCCACCCGUGCAUCCAGCUCCAGGAAGAGAAAGAUCAGUAUGCUGACUGACGUGUUGAGUGAUGAGGACACAGUAGUCCUGAAGCUGAAGAAAAAGUACAGAGCAGUCUGUCCUUCAAAGCGCUGGAGUCAAACCAUGUGUCUGAGUGACCCGGAAACGGCCAUCCUGAUUGGAGGAGAGGCCAAGGGACAUUCACGCUGCAAGGACUCGCUCUGGAAACUGGAGAUAGAAAACAAUUUCUGGUUCCCGAUGGACUCGUCUACCUCUGGACCUGCUCCGCCCUGUGCCCGUGGCCACUCCGCGACCUAUGACCCCGAGUCCAAGGCCAUCUAUGUGUAUGGUGGCCUGGCCGAGGGCCAGCGCUAUGGCGAUGUCUAUAUCCUCAACACCCUGACAUGGAAGUGGAAGCUUAUUGCUGCAAGAGGCAGUGUCCCAACAUUGGCUAAUCACAGUGCCACUAUCUACAGAAAAGAGCUCUUUGUCUUUGGUGGUGUCCAACCCAGCAGUGCACCUGGGGGAAAGACUUGCAGCAACACCCUGUACAUCUUCAACCCUGAAUUUGAACUGUGGUACCAGCCCAUUGUGGAAGGGGACAGACCUUUACCCAGGUUUGGCCACUCCACUGUACUGCUGUCAAACACACUGAUGAUUUUUGGUGGAAGAAAGACUGCGGCCUACCUGAACGACCUGCAUAUUCUAGACCUGGGAUUCAUGGAGUACACGGCUGUGAAAUACGAGAACAUGCCACCACUGCCCCGAGGGUUCCAUGCAGCUGUUCCAGUGUCAGACAACAGGAUGUUGAUCAGUGGGGGCUGCAGUGCUAUUGGUGCCCUGCAGGACCUUCAUGUCUUCCAUCUGGAAACCAGCUCCUGGAGCUCAAUAGCCUCCCCUGUUCUCUGCUCCAAGCCCCGUGCUGGUCACAGCCUUCUCCUGCUCACAGUCAAUGACGAGAAGGAGGUUCCUGGCCAGGUAGGCUGCACUGUCCUGGUGUUUGGGGGCUCUGACUGUGCCGGAACCUUCUACAAUGACACCACCGAGUGCACAGUUGAAAUCCCUGGGGAGAAGGGUCUGGACUGCAAGAGAAAGCUAUGAAGGGAAGCUUAAGGAACUCGAAGGGGACAAGCCUAGAUUGCUUUGAGCUUCUGAAGGCUAUGAAAGGACUAGGCUAUCCAGUGCAGGGAUGUGUCUGGAUGAAAAAUACAGAACGCAAUCCAGUGGAAUUGGCUGACCCUUGGCAGGGUGCAUGUAGCUUUAUCAGACUGUAUUUUUAUAGUGAGCAAAGUGUUGUAACUUUGGCCAUUACAGGCCAAUUCUGUUCAGUGCUCCAGGAGAGAGGUGUUAUUGAUACAAGUUGGACACCAGAGACCUUUUAUUUGUCUGUCGUAUUUGUUUUAUUUUGUGCGCGUGUGGGGUGGGGGAGGGUUGUUUUAUCUCAGGCCAGGGAAAAACCUACUUUGCACUAUGGAACUUGUAACCAUGACACUACCUAUCAGUUCAGCUGUCAAUCAAACUGGAUUUUAGCUGCAGCUAGUAAUGCAACACGAUGGGCAACAAAAAGCACAUCAAGUGCUAUUUUAAUUUCGCUUUUAACUUUUUGACACUGGUUAAUUGUGUUUUCAUAACUGUAAAAGCCAACACGUUUGUUUCUACAAGAGCAUUAGCAUGCCUUGCUGCAGGAUUUUUAAGUGUCCUCCACCAGUUAAAUUAUGAAGACUGUCAUAAGAACUGAACGGAUCCCAUAAUUUCUCUGGCGUGUUGGAGAACCUUUCAUGUUUUGUCAUAACCGUGCCCUCCAGUGGAUAAUAUGUGUAAUGACACCUUUGGUUGGGUUUUUCACAAUUUGUACAAUAAAUUGUUUCGAAUGUAUAUGCAUGUAUUAAUUGUUCAUGUUUUCGUUGGAGAAUUUAGUCACAAAUCCAGUGGUGUUACUGGUACUGUUAUGAACAAUGUUUUGACUGAUUUCUGAAAAGCAGCACUUAUGCCAUGGGAUGUACUUGACUUCAAACCACAGAAAUAAACUGCAUUAACCCUUA